UUCUUCACUAUAUAUAAACGUUUUUAAACCACACAAACCCAAAAAAAAAAAUGAUGAAGAAGAAGAAGAGCCAAGAAACGGAAGAAGACUCUCUUCAACAAGAGAGCCGUCAUCAUCUUCACCAAAUCUUCAUAUCGAUGAUGUUCAAAUCACAAAGAUUCUUCCAACACCUCGUCUUGUACUCGUUUCUUAUCGGUUUCGUAUUCGGUCUCGGCUUCCUACUCAACUUCCACAUGAGAAACAUAUCUUUCAGCCCCCAGCUCUUUCGUCUAUCUUUUCCUUCUCCUUCCCUCUCUCCACAGCUUCAGCCUCAGCCAGAAAAAAACGUUUUAGUAAAAGAAACGGUUGUUCCUGAGCCGGAGAGGGUGGUGAUCAUGCAUAACAUGACGGCGGAAGGAGAACUCAUGCGGCGUGCGUCGAAGGUUCAAGAAACGCCGUCGACGGUGAAGAGGAAGAAAGUGGCGUUUAUGUUCUUGACGAGAGGGAAGCUUCCUCUGGCUAAACUGUGGGAGAGAUUUUUCGAUGGCCAUCAAGGCCUUUUCUCCGUUUACAUUCAUACCAGUGACCUUUCUUACGUUGACGAUUGUAUUCCCGAAACGUCGCCGUUUUAUCGUCGGAGGAUUCCAAGUAAGGAAGUGAAGUGGGGUAUGGUGAGCAUGGUGGAGGCCGAACGGCGGCUACUCGCCAACGGUCUGCUCGACGCAGCAAACCAACGUUUCGUCCUCCUCUCAGAAACAGACAUACCUCUCUUCAACUUCUCCACCAUUUACUCUUACCUCAUAAACUCUCAACACUCUUUUGUCGACCUCUUCGAUCUUCCUGGAGCAGCAGGUCGCGGCCGCUACAACCGACGUAUGUCCCCACUCAUUACCCGCAGCAAGUGGCGAAAAGGCUCUCAGUGGUUCGAAAUCGACCGUGAAUUAGCUUUAGCUGUUGUCUCCGACAACAAUUACUUCCCAUUGUUCAAGAAGCAUUGUCGUUGGGGUUGUUACUCUGAUGAGCAUUACUUGCCAACGUUUGUUCACGUCAUGUUUCCUGGGAAGAACGCGAAUCGGUCGUUGACGUGGACGGAUUGGUCACGAAGAGGACCACAUCCGAGGAAGUAUACAAGGCGGUCGGUGAGGGCGGAGCUUCUUACGAAGCUGAGGAAUAGAGAAGGGUGUGUGUAUAAUGGGAACGAAAGUAACAAAUGCUAUUUGUUCGCUAGAAAAUUCGAUGAAAGUUGUAUAGAUAUGUUGAUUCAUUUUUCUGGUAGGAUUAUGGGGUUUUAGUUUUUUUUGGACAAAACUUGGGUUCACCCUAUGAUGAACCUUUAAAUUCACCACAUCUCUAAUAAUCAAUCAAAGUGCCAACUAGAUUAAUAAUAGAAUAAUUUAAAAAUAAAUAAUAUCAUAUUUAAUAAUGCUAA